CUUUCUCAAUACACCGAGAUAAACAGCUCAGUUGACGACUGAAAUAAAUACGGAAGGACUUGCUGCUUUUAAAUCCACAUUUGUUUAGUUUCAUUUUGAUGAAACUGGGAUGUUGUAAAAUUCACCAAGCUCCACAUCUCACUGCGGCGGCGGCGGAGUGAGCCACAGUGGUCAUCUCAUCACAAAGAAGCAACAUUUUCACGGAUUGUACAUUAUUUUUUAUCUAUAAAUUAUGUUGAAGUCCUGUUGUGUAUACAGCACGGGAGUGCUUUGCAUACUUUUUUUAAUUGCGGGGAUAUCCUUGGCGUUGUCGCAGGUCUUUCAAAACAUCGUGUACAAUAGAAUCAAAUCGGAGGUGGUGUUGAAGAAUGGCACAGAUGCAUUUGCAGCCUGGGAGAAUCCGCCCCCACCGGUUUACAUGCAGUUUUAUUUCUUUAAUUUGACCAAUCCCAUAGAGGUUUUGGCUGGGGAUAAACCUGCUGUAGUCGAACUGGGACCUUAUACCUAUAGGGAAUACCGCCCCAUGUCAAAUGUAACUUUCUUGGAGAAUGGCACCAAAGUUGAAGCAAUCAAUCCUAAGACUUAUGUGUUUGAGGCCAACAUGUCGAGUGGAUCAGAAGAGGAUCUCAUCCGAACCGUCAAUAUCCCAGCAAUGACAGUGAUGGAGAAGAUGAAGGACAGCCCUUUUAGUGGAACUCUGAUCUCAAAGUACAUGACAGGGGAGGAGAUCGGCCUUUUCACCUCCGUCUCGGUGGGGGAUCUGCUGUGGGGUUACGAAGACAAACUGCUAGAGAUGGUAAAAACAUUCGAGCCAUCCCUCGAUACCAAGUUUGGACUCUUUUACAAGAUGAAUGGGACAGAUGAUGGUGACUACGUGUUCUACACUGGAUCUCAGAAUUACGAAGAUUUCGCCAGGGUGGCUUUGUGGAAAGGCCAAAGCUCUCUGAACUGGUGGACCUCUGAUGAAUGUAAUAUGAUCAAUGGAACCAAUGGAGCCUCCUUUCACCCUAUUGUCAACCAGAGCGAGACCCUGUACAUGUUCUCUUCAGACCUCUGCAGGUCCAUGUAUGCUGUCUUUGAGAAGGAUGUGUGGGUGAAGUACCUACCAGCCCUCCGGUUUGUGCCACCAAGCGAGGUCUUUGCCAAUUUGACCAUCAAUCCAGCCAAUGCAGGUUUCUGCGUCCCUGAAGGGAACUGCCUCGGGUCUGGUCUCCUCAACGUCAGUUCCUGCAAGCAGGGCGCCCCAAUCAUCAUGUCCUCGCCACAUUUCUAUCAGGCUGAUGAGAAGUUUGUGGAGGAUGUCAUCGGGAUGAAACCCAAGAAGGAGCACCAUGAGACCACCAUUGACAUAAACCCGCUCACAGGUAUUGUGCUGCGUGCUGCCAAGAGGCUGCAGGUGAACGUGCUCGUCGAGAAGAUCCAAGUCUUCCAAAGUCAGACGGGUGAUGUCAGGACCUUGGUGUUCCCUGUGAUGUAUCUCAAUGAAAGCGUUGUCAUUGAUGACGACUCGGCUAAGAAGCUCUUGGCCGUGGUGGCCGAGGGCAACGUGGUGAUCAACAUCCCCUUCAUUAUCAUCGGCCUGGGCGUCCUCUUGGGUGUGGUCUUCAUGGCGCUCAUGUGCAGACAGAGAACUCCAGAGAGCUCCCCUGCUGAGCGCCAGCCCCUGCUGAAGCCCUAGCCAUGAAGGAGUUGGUCCUCGGGGGAUGAACUUGACCGAGCGUGCCUCACAGCUAGCAGGCCAGCGUCGGCGGCACCAUUCUUAAACAAGCAUGGUUUCUUCACCCUCCUUCAUCUUUCAACGCUUACUGCAUGGCACUUUACCACGUCCCCAGAGUUCCUGUCCCAUUCUGAUGAUGACCACUGAUUUGAAAGCGGUCCAUGGACGGAUGGAAGGACAUUUAAUAGUGCAGUAGUUCUUUUUAUCUUUUUAUUUUGAUGAAUAACCCUGUCUUGUUUUGUUCAAUCAUGUGUUUUUAACAAUCACUGUAUAUUGAAAGAGCUGCUUUUAUGCUUAUUUCAAGAGGGAGAAAUUAAGAUCCUAUGAAAGUAGCCCACGCUUUGGGAAAGAAUGAAAGGAACAUGUUUGUUACUCUACUGAUGUUAGCCUUUAACUUGAGUUCUAAAAAAGGACACAGUAAUCCUGAGUGGCUUUGUUAGUUUUGCAGGCCUGUGAUAUUAGCUUUGGCUAACAGGGUCUUCCUCACCUGGCAGCGUUUCAGAACAGAGGGAGGUGAAUGAUUGGACAGAUAGUCCACGAGGUAUGAGGCAGUAAUGCACUAUUUGACGUAUUUGUGACCUACUGUAUCUGGGGCAGAAAGGAAUACUUAAAUCCCUUUUUCAUCCACUAGUCGUAGAGAGGGGAAAGCAAAAGGUACAGAACCAGUCCUUUGCCACUAACUUUAUUAAUUAGAUAGGCUGAUAAAGAAAGAAAAUUCAGAUUUUUGUAAGAAUCUACUUUCUAUUAUUUAUUUUUUUUACCCUCGAUCUCCGCGGGUCUUUGAAGAGCAUUAUUCAGUGCUGACCAGAGAUAGGGAACCCCAUAAAUGCGUCUCUUGUGUUUGCUGCUUCAUUCUUUGACAUGAAACGUGAUUAGGCUUUGUACUACAGAUAUUCUUCAACGCUACAAGAAGUGCACAAACAUUUUAUGCCCGAUUGUAUCACAAUCAGAUCUCAGUUCUCUUUCACGUUUUAGUCACUGAUAACUUGGAAGUCCUACUUCUAUAGCAAGUCCAUGCAAGAAGGAUGUCAACUGACCCAUCUUUACAAUAGCAUUGCCGAUAGGAGUUCUUGUAGUCAGUGGUUACAGUGUCAAUGACUUAUUUACUACAUACAUUAGAAGCUGUGCUCGUACUCACACACUCUGUUAUCUCACACACUCACAGGAAUCAGUUACUGAGAAGCAUCAUGACUUACCAGUCGUGAUGUAAGAGUUAACCACUCCCAUGUACAGCUGGACAUUUUUUUUUGAAGCCUUGAGCUUCCUUCCACCUUCUGUGUGAACAUGCUGAUUAAUGUCAUCCCAUGCUGAGCAGGGCAACACGGUUAAGGGCAAUAGGUCACUCACACAUAGCGUUUCGUCCCACUGUUCUCUCCCACACAGGUUUCUAGAUUUAGAGGAAAAAGGAGUAUAGGAAACCAUUCCCAGACUACACUUAGUCAUUCUGUCCCCUGUAGUUAUUCAGGAGUUAUAUUAUUUUUGCUUUAUUUUUUACAUGUACUUUUUAAUUACUUUUUGUUUUGUAAGAGUUUGUGUUCCAAGUGAUCGCAGUUGUGCCCACUGAUUGAUGGAUUUAUGUUGCGUUGCUUGGCGUGAGCUCAGUGAGCUCAGUUACUGUUACCCUGCUACUCUGCUCAUUUGACCUCCCUACACCUGCCCAUUAGUGCCCUCAAACUAUCUUAUCAGGAAGACUGAAGCAGGUAGUGGGCGUGUUGGACAGUAUCUCUCCAGAGUGCAGCACACAGUUCUCCUGUGCAUACACUAACCCUCACAUUCAAAGGGAACUCCCAUGUCAACUCCCACUAAGAGAUGCAAUCUUCAAAAAAGGAAUAAACAAAGAAACAUUGCUCUGGAUUUUGCUCUUGUUUUCAACAGUAUGUAGUGAAUGGGAGCUCUUUAUGUUAUAGUCAAAUUUGUUGCCUCAUGUUCUCAUGCUUUAAUCUGCGUCGGACAUCGCACUCAUUUACAAUACUGUCAAUGCAGCAUUCCCUUGUGCUAUAGGACUGAGAACAUGUAAUAGUUGGUCAGUCAUACAUCCAUUUUUGUGUGCAUUGCAGUAUUACAGAUGUUUCAGUGUAGCAACUGAGGUUGUGUUCUGACUUGAUGUACAUGUCUGAUGUCUAUUUACCUACUCUAAUCUGCACUACAUUCUCCAAGUACAUGUGUGUUUAGCACAAUAUGGCCUAAAUUACUUAAAGCCACAUUUUUUGAGUUUUGCUUUCAGUUCCAUCAGGUAUUUUUUGGUAACAAUGUGUGUAAAUGAUUGUUUAUGUGCACAUAGUAAUUACACUAUAGGAUGGAUAUGGAAAGAUUUACAUGUUAUGAACAGACUGUUAAUAUGGGAUACUGCUUCUAGUGUUAAUGAAGAAAACUGACUUGUGAUCAAUUCAUGAAUUAUGUCAAUUUUAAAUUUUGCCAUUGAUAUUUUCUUUUAUUGCAUUGUGCAAAAUUGGAUUUUCUUUGCUCUUUCCUAAAAAAAACAAAAAACAAUGUAAACACUAUAACUGUGGCAAUAUAAAAGAUACUAUGUACAUUACCCAUAUCUCAUAUUUACAAAUAAAUAACAGCAAAGACAUCAGAUAUCACAAAUAAAUUCUUUCCAAGAAACCAAA